GCUCCAUUCUUUAAUGAUGCAAAAAAGCACUCAAAGGGUUUCGAGAAGAGACAAGAGGACACACAACAACUAGCCACUCUCAUCUCACCCCCUCUCUCUCUCUCUCUACUUGCUCUAUCACUCUCUCUCUCUCUCUCUCUCUCUCUCUCUCUCUCUCUGUGUUUUCUCUACUUUCUCAUCUUUUUCUUCUUCUUGCUCUAGAGAUCUCUAUUUCUAUCUUCAUUCUUUUCUCUCUUUCUCUGUAGAAGACAACCGUUACAUUCUGUCUGAACGCAUCUAAUGGCUGCUCUGGUGCUUUCACUUCUCCUUCUAGCUAUGGCUGGCCAUUCUAGUGCGUCAUGGUGUGUGUGCAAGACAGGGCUGAGUGAUACAGUGCUACAGAGCACCCUAGACUAUGCCUGUGGCCAUGGAGCAGACUGUAAUCCCACUCACCCAAAAGCACCUUGCUUUAACCCUGACAACGUUAGGUCUCAUUGCAGCUAUGCAGUCAACAGCUACUUCCAAAAGAAGGGUCAAUCUCCUGGCACUUGCGAUUUCAGUGGCACCGCCACUCCAACUAACUCCGAUCCAAGUUAUUCAGGAUGUACUUUCCCUACUAGUGCCAGCGGGUCUAGUGGAUCUAGUGGCUCGAGCGGCAGCACCACUGUGACACCUGGCACAACCAAUCCAAAAGGCAGCUCAAGCACCACCACACUUCCUGGUGGCAACAGUCCUUACUCAGGAACCCCAACCAAUGGAGUUUUUGGAAAUAACUCGACAGGUAUUAAUCCGGAUUAUUCGACAGAAAGCAGCGCGUUUGCUCCCAAGAACUCAAGCAAAUUGUUAAUCUGCCUUCUCCUGAGUGGAUUCUGUUCUCUCUUGAUGCUCUAAGGAUGUUAAUCUUCUCUUGUCUUUUUGGUGAACUUAGUUAUUGUCUCAAGGACAUUGAUCUAGCUUAGUCGUAAUCUCUGUCUGUGUGUUAUGGGUCUAUGUUAUGUUUUUUUGUUAUAAGAUGAUUUCAGCAAUCUUGCUUUUACUCUCACCACUUGAUGGUUUCUGGUAGACUUGAUGGUAGUGAAGAAGUUAUAUAAAAAUGAUCUUAUCUCCUGUUUCCUUUUUAUCUUACUAGCUUGGGACCAGUGCUGCGUGGGG